UUAAAGGCUUGGUAGCUCGCCUCUGUGACCCAGUCAGAUGGCGCUUAUCGCCAGAGAUAUUAACCAUAUUUAUAUAAAGUCUGAGACAUGUGCUUGAGUGGCACUCAAGCAGCGGGGACACUAUGAAGGCGAUCACGACCCUCCCGCUGCUUCUCUUAGGCUGUUGCGGUUGGAGCUGCCACGCCACAACGCUGUACGAGCAAGUCAAGAACCAAAAUAAAUCAGCUUGUUUGACACCUUUCGUGAGUGUCGGUGGACGCUGCCUCAUGUUCGACAUGGAGAACCAAGAUACGUGGGAAGAGAUGCGACAAGUGUGCCAAGCUCUGCACGCCGACCUGGCCAAGGUGGACAGUGCCGACCUCCUCGCCGAUAUCGUCGACUACAUCCACGUUCAUGAUCUACCGGCUACUUUCUACGUGGGAGGGAGGUACAAGGAGGUGGCGGGUGAAUGGCAGUGGGUAGACGGUACCAAGGUGAGGAUGGGCACCCCGAGCUGGUACCCCUACGACGAUGGUACCCAGGAGCCUAGUGAGGCAUCUGAUGCUUAUUGUAUUAUUAUCUAUAGGUAUAGGCAAUACUAUCUUGCUUCAAGCAUGUGUACUAACUUAUUCUCGGCUAUAUGUGAAGCGACGUAACGAAAUAAGCCGAAUGAAAAUGAAUUAUAUGAAAUGAGAGCAUCAAGCAGCCUCGUCCAAGGAAUAAUGGACGCGAAACGUCUUACCGCCUUAGUUACUGCUGUUAUCGCUUACACUUUCUACUAUCUGAUGCACGUUUUCUCAUGUUCACUACUGGCGGAAACCCUCUUUUGCAAUUCACGUAUAAAUCACACAUCAGAUUAAAUAUAUUUUUCAUAAUUUUUAAACAACUGCAUCUUUUAUCACACAACGAAUAUUCAAGUCAACAUUUCACACUAACUGGUGAAGCAUUUUUAUAAAAUCAGGUGCACAUGCCAAGGUAAACAUUUUCCAGAAUAGAAUGCAUGGACAAAUUAUAGUAAAUAUGUGCUAGAUACUACUUAAGAAAAUGUAAUCUAUUGUUAAUAUUC